AUGCUUAAUGAUAUUAAAGAAAUCUUUUCUCGUUAUUGUCUUAUUGGAUUAUUUCUUUUGGGUUCGAUUGGUUUAACAUUAAAUACAUUAAUAUUUACACGUCCUAUAUUUCGUCAAAAUUCAUGUGUUCAUUAUUUUUUAGCAUCAACAAUAGCUAAUUAUUUUGUUGUCUUUUUUAUUUUACCAUCACGUAUACUUUCCGAUGGUUUUAAUAUUGAUCCAGGACAAUAUAAUUUAUUUUAUUGUAAAAUACGUUUUUAUACAUAUUUUACAGCUAAAUCUCUUUCAUCAUGGUUUAUUGUACUUGCUUGUUUGGAUCGAAAAAUGUCAAGUUCACAAUAUGUUCAUCGACGUGCAUUUGCACGUCCUAAUGUAGCACGUUGGAUGAUAUUUUUUACAACAUUAAUCGGUCUUAUUUUUUAUAGUCAUGUUCUUAUUUUUUAUGAAAUUGAUCAAAGACAACAAUGUGAUGCUCGUUCAGGUUUUUAUCGUUUAUUUAAUGAUAGUGUUUAUUUGAUUGGUUAUAGUCUUGCACCACCUUUAUUAAUGUUACUUUUUGGUAUAUGGACCAUAGUUAAUACAAGACGUCUCCGUCGUAUCGUACCACGAUUUGGUCGACGUAUGGCAACCUUAAAUAAUCAAGAUCAUACACUUAUGUUAAUGCUUCUUUUACAAGUUAGUCUUGUAUCAAUUACAGCUGUACCACAUGCUGUACAAAAAUUAUAUUCAACAUUAACACUUAAUGUUCCAAAAGAUGAUUUAACUAAAGCAGCUGACAAUGUUUUUAUUGUAGUUGUUCGAACAAUAUCAUUUUUUAAUCAUUCAUGUACAUUUUAUUUAUUAACAUUAAGUGGAAAAAUGUUUCGUCAAGAAUUAUAUAAAAUAAUGAAAAAAUUUAUUUGUAGAUCAAGACAUGAAGGAAUACAUGCAAAUCUUCAAUUAAGAACAUUAACACAAACAAUUAAAUUGAAUAGAACUGAUCCUCAUUCAGAAAUACAACAACAAUAA